GAAUCUUGUCGAACACUACUUGGUCCGGGGUUUUCACUCACCUUACAUGCCCACCAUGACGAAACCGAUGGGUCUGCAACUACUAGUUGCACUGGUUUCCACUCUCAUACUUGCUUCAACUUCUUCAGCAAAUGUCACUACCACCACAAUCACUACUCUACCUGGCUACUCCGGCGACCUUCCUUUCACUUUCGAAACUGGGUACGUUGGUGUAGGUGACGAUGAAGAAGUGCAGUUAUUUUACUACUUCGUCGAGUCUCAGAGGACUCCAGCAAUGGACCCUCUGCUGCUGUGGAUUCCUGCAGGACCUGGUUGCUCUGGUCAGAUUGUAUUCUUCUUUGAGAGUGGACCAUUACAAUAUGUAUAUAAUGAUUACAAUGGAAGCCUGCCAACUUUGAUCGACAACCCUUACACAUGGACAAAGGAACUCAACAUCAUAUACGUAGAUGCACCAGUUGGUGCUGGAUACUCCUACUCAAAAACACAGAGUGGUUAUGUAAUGGAUGACUAUAAACAUGUAGCACAACUAUAUGAAUUUUUACAGAAGUGGUUGGAUGCGCACCCUACAUUUCUGAAAAACAUACUCUACAUUGGUGGUGACUCCUACUCUGGAACACCCGUUCCCAUGCUUGCGCAAACAAUAAUUAACGAAAAUGAAAAUGGAAGUAUCCCCAUGUUGAAUUUCAGAGGAUAUGUGAUUGGUAAUCCAGUGACUGAUACAGCAGUCGAUGGUAAUGCACAAAUUCCUUUUGCUCACCGUCUGUCUCUCAUAUCGGAUCAACUGUAUAAGUCACUUAAUACAAGUUGCAACGGCGAAUAUGUAAAUGUAAAUUCAAGCAAUCAUGCAUGCAUUGCAGAUCUUGAUGCCUUUGAUGCGCUCACUAGUGACAUAAAUACAUUACAAGUCUUGGAACCGUUAUGUAGUAAUGGUCUACCUACACAAAAGGAGAUGGUUUUGACACAAAGAUAUCUCAAGGAAACAGCCAGAGGUUUACAAAGAUCACGACCUAAUGGAGCUGCACUUUGGUGUCGAAGUUAUCAUAGCAUGCUCAACACCAUUUGGGCUAACAACAAACGUGUUCAAGAUGCUCUUGGUGUUCGGAGGGGAACAAAAAAGCUUUGGCAACACUGUAAUACCACAUUGGACUACACUGAAGACGUUACCAGUGUAGUCGUUUAUCAUCAAAAUCUUUCAAAAAAGGCUGAUCUACGCGUUCUGAUAUACAAUGGCGAUCAUGACAUGCAAGUUCCUCAUAUUGGUACACAGAGAUGGAUAAGCACACUGAAUUUGACUGAGGAUGAAUCCUGGAGGUCAUGGUCAGUUGAUGGCCAAACUGCAGGAUACACGAAGAAGUUAAUCAAUGACUAUAUCACUUUGACAUAUGCGACCGUAAAGGGAGGAGGGCACAUUGCUGCAGAGACGAACGUCAAGGAAUGCUCUGCCAUGAUUAACAGAUGGAUGGCUUAUUUCCCACUCUAAUC